CAUCCCGAACGGAGCGCGAUCCAAAAAUACUUUCAGUACCGCCACAACGCCGCCGGGCCGCGGGCUACAGCAUAGCCCAGUUAGACGCGUCACCGACCAAUUUCAUAAACCACCACUUUAAACGGCUUUUUAAUAAUUCCACGUUUAAAUACUUAAACGUAUUUGAUUGGCCUUUGUUGAUAUCGAUAAAUAUCAAUUCAUGUAGUUUGAAAGUGUGAAUUUAUUUUCCGUUUAUUAACUUAAAAAUGGACGUGUAAAAAUUGUCGAAAUUGUGAAAGUGAAAACUGAAAUUAGUGGCAGUUUACUGAUAAACAGAAGUGUUAAAUUAAAUUAGCUCAUCACGAUAUUAAAAAUUCGAAAUUCGAACGGUUCGAUAGAGAGGUGAAACAUCGCCUCUUGUAUAUCGAUAAAUUCGCAUGUGUAGUGCAGUUUUGAGUGCCUCACGUCAUACGGAUGUGGCGAUGUCGCCUACUGCCAUCGGCGAGCUGCCCCAGUGGUGCGGCAAGGCCGAGAGCUGUCCGCAGGCCUUGCUAGGCUGGCUCUAUCUCACCCACGAUCAGAACGACCAGUGGGUGCCAGGCUCAGUAUGGGGACCUCUACCAACAGCGGCAACCGGCUCCACGCAACAGGCCGACGACACCAGCUCACUGGCAGACCAACUGGCAGCGUUGUCUCUACGCCGGCCGACGCGACACCCGCCCCCAGCGUACAUGUGCCACUUGUGCUUCAAGAAAGGACACUACAUUGGCGACUGUCCACAGGCCCGACCGAAAGGCGAAGGUUUGACUCCGUACCAAGGCAAGAAGCGCUGCUUCGGCGAGUACAAGUGCCCGAAGUGCAAGCGCAAGUGGAUGAGCGGCAACUCGUGGGCGAACAACGGCCAGGAGUGCAUCAAGUGUAGGAUCAACGUCUUCCCACAUAAGCAGAGACCCCUGGAAAAACCCGACGGCCUGGACGUGAGCGACCAGUCCAAGAUUCAUCCUCAGCAUCUUUGCCAGAAAUGUCGCACUCUGGGUUACUACUGCCGACGUGAAUAUUAAGGAUUUCUUCGCAAUUAUAAAAAAUAUGUUUUUCAAAAAUUAUCACCUAAAAUUCCUAAACAAUUUAAAGAUUUAACAGCUGUUCUUAGGUCUAAUGUAAUUAUUAGGUAAAAGGUCCCUUACUAGGAUCGAAAAUACAUAAUAUCGGAUUUGGGUAUACCUAAAUAUUUAUAAGGUACUCUGACCAAUGGGCACCCUAAUUUUUUCGUAUAUUUUAUGCCAUUUAAAUAUUGAACACCUUUCAAACAAAUUUUCAUACACGACUCUGAAAAUUCAGAAUACGAAUAAGUAGUAAGUAUUUAGACGAUUAAGUUUGUUAUUUUUGAGUAUUUUUUUAAAUUUAAUUUUGUGUUAAUUUACUAUUUUCUUUUUGUUUUACUUUUACAUCAAUGUAGGUACCUACCUGAAAAAUUACAUUGAUUAGGUAAGCAUGAACUGUUUUGCCAAAAACGAAUUCCCAAAGUAUUAGUUAUAUUUUUUUAUGUUAAUAUAUUUUGAAGAACAUUUAUAUAAUAUAAUGUUCAGUUUCAAUAUUCAAUCCGUCUGUAACGUAGAUAUAGUGCAGAUAGAUUCUAUAUUGAAACCCAUGCAAGUAAAAUUCAAACCUAACUUACAUACGUAAAAGAUAAUACGCGUACCAAAGAAACGAAUAGAAAUGAAGCGGCACUAAGCAUGUAAAUCAUGCCAUCUUACUCACACACUAUACAUAUUGUUCACGACACGACAGGUCGAGAUGGCAAUCGGAGUAUGGAUGAGUCGUGAAGAGAGGGUACACCCACGCUGUCAUUAGUGUUGCUUGUUGUUAGUAUAAGUUUAUUUGGAUUGUGAUGAAUAAAAUAUUACUUUUAAAAAAUGUAGUAAUAAUUUUACUCUCAUUUAGUAGUGUACCAAAAAAAAUUCGAUUACCAAAAAAAAAUUCGAUAUCGAUUACCCGGUUUGUGAUGUCAUCUGCUAGAAAAUUGCCAUCUCGAUUCUCGACCUGUCGUGAAUAAUAGAUAUAUAACUCGGUCGCGCUAAGUUUGCACCUCGCUGGAAUGCGGCGCCUCUCCCACUUCCCCGCUCACCUCCCCGCGGUCGUCUUGUAUCGUCAGUAUGGUUCGCAUACCGUACCUAAGCGUCAGUGUGACGUAAUCGACGCGAGCUGCAAACUUAGCUUGGCCAAGUAGUAGUGUACGUAAGUGAGAGCGAAUGAUUCUGAACAGUAUGAUUCGUUUCUUUAUUGUCACGCGUUAUAAGUAUAACGGUAUUUAGGUCCAUAGUGCAAACCAUAUUAUUAUUAUAUAUUUCUUUUGGCGUUUUUUUUUUAGAUUAUUUAUCGUACCUAUUAUAUUUUACCUAGAUUUUAUAUUCAUUUUUAAUCUUACAUAUAAAGUAAGUAUCUAAAGUUUUAAUAUUAAGUUUUAUUAUUCUCCAAAUGGCAUUAAAGUUACUUAUGAAAUUUAUAUGUAUAUAAGAUAUAUAAAUUUGUGAUUACUGUUAAUUUCUUAAAUAUUAUAAUCGUACUAUGUACUAUAUCUACUUAUAUGACUAACAAAUUACUGUUAGGUACUACUUAAUUCAAAGAGAUUAUAACAACUAACAAGCGUUAAUAUUUUUAUGUUAUCUUAAAAAAUAACGUUAUUCUGUUUAGCGUUACUUCGAUAACUAUUAAAUACCGGUUAUUUUAAUAACGUUAACAGAAAAGUUAAAUAGGUAACAUCCAAAGAUCCAGUGAAUUCUCAUUGUGCCAAAAAUACAUAGUUUUUAAGUUUUAAUAUUAUAAAAUCAUACUAUUAUUCAAGUGCCAUGACAUUGAGAUUUUAUAUGAUUAUUUUUGCUAUAAUAUAUAGGUACUUACUGAGUUUUUAGGUACGAGUGUACUUAGCAGUUGGUAUCUUUAUUUAGAUCUAAGUUCAGUCCUGCUAUUAAAUAGGCAUAUAAUUUAAGAAUUUACAAAUUUUUACCCGGUGUAACUUUGAAAUUACACAUUUGUACGAAAAUCUGAUAAAACACAGAUACUACUAGAUACAAACAUUUGGUUUUAGCCGAAUUUUAGGCUUUUAAACCUCCAAAGCUUUAGGUAACGAAGUGUUUUGUGGCCUUAAAUAGUAAGAUAAUUAAUUAAAAGUGCCUGCUUACUAUAAGAAAUAUUAUUAUAAUGUUAUUAAAUAUAGUCCGUACAAAAUUAGAACUCACUCGUUAUUUUACCGCUGUGUCAAUUUUCAUCUCAAAAGUAAAAUUUAAGUCGUCUAAGGGUAAGUAAAUCGUAUUUUUGACAUGACACCUGACACAUAGAGCAAAAAUGGCCAGUGAGUGAGAACUUAAAAUGUAUGUAUUGUAUGUCACUUUAUUUAAGUUUAAUUUCCUUCAAUUUAUUUGAAAAAAAUAACUUUAAGAUUAAUUUUAAUAAUUUGCUGAAUCAACGGUGCUUUCUAACGUUAGAAAAUAUACAAUUUUACACAGAUCUUCCUUAUUACUUAGUGCCAAUCUUUGAAAGCCAAAUAGAUUCGCAAAAUUUUUCAGCUGCUGUUUAAACAAACCUUAACGAAAAUUUAAGGCUCACGCACAUGAGACAAGCAUGAUUUUCAUCGUUUUAGAGUCAAGUUCUUCAUUGACGAUGUUUUUUUUUAAUUCACCUAUUUUUACUUUGACAUGAUGUAGAUGGAUGUAGUAUAGAAAAUAAGUACGAUAAGGUAAACUGAAAUAAUGUAAGGCAGGGAUGAUGAAUCUAGGA